AUGCGCCGUGCGUGGGCGCUCGUCGUCGUCGGCUGCGCCGCGAUGGAGCCCAUGUCCAAUAGCUGCCCCGGCGUCGCGUACUUCCACAACCCGAAGACCGGCGGCACGGGCGUCGAGGAGUACUUCCACGCGCGCGCGCGCUGCCACGUCGGUCGCCGCGGCUGGGCGGGCGUCGCGGCCGGCGCGCGGCGGCCCAAGGGGGGCUGGCCGUGCCGGAGCCCGUGGCACCUGCCGCCGUACCUCUACGGCUUCCUGGCGCGCGCGGAGAACGCGACGUUCACGAGCCUGAGGGACCCGCUGCUGCGCUUCGUGAGCGAGCUCAACCACGGCUGGGGCUCGACGGCCCACUUCUCGGGGGUGGAGGGCGAGGCGUUCGACUUCCGGCACCUCGGGGGCCGCUUCGCCGACGGCACGGAGGGCCGGGCCGCGCAGCUGCGCCUCGUCGAUGACCUCGUGGCGUUCUGCCUCGGGCGCGACGGGUACCGCCCCCUGGGCCAGCGCCGCGUCUUCGCGGCCGACUGCCACCUCCUGCCGCAGUACCUCUACGUCGGCGACGCGCGCGGCGGCGCCGUCGACCGCGUCCUCUGGACCGAUCGGCUCGACGCGGACGCGCUGGCGCUGCUCGGCGAGCUCGUCCCCGACGUCGAGGCCGGCUGCGCCGACCCGCCCUGCGUGCGCGAGCCCGUCGCCGCGCGCCACGUGAAGAAGUUCGCCGCGGAGGACCUGUCGAACGCGACGGUCGCCCGGGUUCGGGACUACUACGCGCUGGACUACGCGCUGCUCAACGCGCUGCGCGUCUCCCGGGGCCUCGCGCCCUACGACGACGGCGCCGCGCACGACUACGGCGCCUGGGCGGGCCAAAACGCGACCGUCGCCGCCGUCUUCGCCGCGUUCCGAAGGACCGCGCUCGCGCUCCCGGCGAACGCGACCGCGGACGACGUCCGCGCGAGCAUGGCGCCGCCCGACCGGCGCGCCAGGCCACGGUAA